CCAAGAUGCAUCGCGGCAUGCGCCCAUGGUGUUCUGACCUUGCCUUGUCUUACCCGUCAGCGCGCACGCGUCAUGAGCAGAGAACCGCGGUUGCCGGACAUCAUUGAAAAUUGCUCCGCCGUGGCGCACACCAUCAUCAACACCCGCAGCCUGUUUGGCUCGCUGCCAUGGAGCGAGCAGCUUCUGACGCACUGCCCCAUGCAAAGCGGCCCGCGCCCUCGCUCGUGGAAGUGCAGGGGCACCGCGGCUGGGGGGACUCCCAGCCGCACAACACGCUUCGUGCCUUCCGAGCGGCUGCUGACCAUCCUGGCAUCAGCAGCGUCGAGUUUGACGUUCAACAGAGUGCGGACGGCCAUCUGGUUGUAACGCACGGCGCCGAGGUGGGCCCCAGCGCGGUGCCAUCGCAGAGCUUGGCGGAAUUGCAGGGGCCAGACCUUGGACAUGGUGAGCGAGUACCUCUCCUGGCAGACGUGGUGGACGUUUGCUUAGCGGGGCAGCUGUUAAUGAAUGUUGAGAUGAAGACCGCGGAUACCGCCGUUAUCGAUUCCACGCUCGCACUUCUCCGGAAAAAGGAUGCGCUGCAGCAUUGUCGUAUCUCCUCGUUUCACCGCACAGCAUUGGAGCACGUGAUGCAGGCGGCUCCAGAUGUUCCCGUCGGUGCAUUGUACAAUCCGAGCCUUGGCCCCUUGGACGCGGACGAUCCUGCCAAAGGGCCAAGGAUCCAGCCGACCCCUGAGGAUUUCGCCAGUUGGUUCAAAGACCAUUCGGUGAUCGGUGACAGCGUCAACUUACGGCAGGAAACCGUCACAGAACAGGAGGUGGCCACCGCGAAGUUGCACGGAAAGCAAGUCAUGGUUUGGUGCGCUUGUUUGAAGGGGCCAGGGUUCGAAGAGACCGCCGAGGAGUAUCGCCGGCUUCAGUCCCUUGGAGUCGACGUGAUUUGUUGCAACAAGCCAGACUUGUUAGCUGAUGUAGUCAAAUCCGCCUAGGAGGACUCUGUAGCACCGUGACGUUCACUCGAUUCUUCGUGCAGAGAAGAAGGGG